CUUCCACCUACUGAGCCUUUAUGCAAAAGUCUGUUGUGUUCCCCGCUUUUUGUGUGCGAUGGCCUUUAUUGGUAUGGCAGGAAUCAUAUAACUUGAUUCUGUCAACUUACGUUUAAAGUUGCUUUCCAUUUACACUCAAGUGAUCUGAGUUACUCAAUAUUAUGUGAGUAUUUUGUACUUAGUUUCGUAUUACGAUGUUUAAACGGUCUGAAGAAACAAUCAUGGAUGAUUAUCGUUUGCCUGCGAAACGAGCGAAAUUCGACAAUCCUAAUAAGAAUCUGGAAUAUCGCAGAACACAGGAAGAGAUCCCUACAAAUAGGAAUGCUCAGAAUGAUGAUCUUUGGGGUGACGAUUUCGACGAAGAAGAUAUUGAGGAAAUGGAUCUGAUUGCCUCUCAAGCUUGUGUACAGGAAGCUAACUUGCUAAAUAAUUUGAAACUGUUUGAACAUGAUUUGAAUUCAAUGAAAUCAAGCUUUCCAGAGAAAACAACUGCCAUUGCUUAUAAUGAAACAUCUUGUUCAAAAUUGGCUAUAGAAAAGUCUAACUUACGAUUGCUAAAAAAGAAUAUACAGGGUACGAGUCAAGAUAUAACAGAGAUUAAUUAUUCUCAGUUCAGAAACAAAUUAAUAGAUAAAAAAGAUUACAAUUCAACUUUUCAGAAAGACAAUAACUUUAUUGUACAAGGUGAUAAAGAAUUAGAAAAAUUAAAAACUGAAAACAAAAAAUUAUUAAAUGACUUUAUAACUAAAGAUGGUGAAACUGCAUUUUUACGGCAGCAACUACAACAAACUCAGUUACGAAUUGAAAAUGAGAAAUUAGAAAAGAUGCGUUUGAUUGAGGAACAAGCCAAUCGUCAUAGAUCAGAGAUUAACAAAAUUUAUAAAGAAAAAGAACAACUAAAGACACAAUUAGAAUUACAAGAUCUAGAAAUAGGAAAUCUUCAGGAACGUUGUAAAUUGUUAGAAUCUGGGAAUAUUAAAUUGAAAGAACCACAAAUGUUAUACAUGAACACUUCUGUUGAUAAAUGUAAAUACACCACUCCAAUAAAUCGGACUACAAACAUAAAUAAGAAUCUAAAAGUGAAAGAAGCAUAUGUACAAGCUAAUGUCUAUAAGAAAAGUGAUUAUCAACUCAAGACAUAUAAUACUUAUAUUCCACUUGCAAGAAUUUCAGAAUUAAUCUUUGGAGCGUCAUUACCAGAAAAAUCUAUUGUUAAUGUUAAAGUCAUAGAAAAGACUGGUAGGAGAAAUUUACCCAUUUUGCAAGAAGAAGAAACAUUUAGAAUUUUUGAAAAUCCAGAAUUAGUAAAACCAAUAGUUACUACAGUAAAUGGAAAAAGAUUGACAACAGAAUUUGUUUUACUUGAAAUUACAGCCAUUGAAAGGAGAGUUAAUACAGAAAUAGAAUCAGAAAGAUGUAUACCCAUAAUCAAUAAGCUGGUUUUAACUACAAGAGAGUUAAUAUUGAAUGUUAUAACAGUUCUGGAAACGAUUUUUCAAGCUAUGAAAAAUGAUGAUAUUCGGGAUAUGAAUGACUUAUAUUUUUCUAUGGUUUAUAAAGAUCACAACAUAUGUAUUAAAUCUGAAUGUGAAGCAGAUGCAUGGCAUGAAGGAGAACGUGGUGUCGAGGCUAGAAGAUUGCUCGGUAUACUUUCGUACAUUAGUAUUGAGUCAUCAUACUUAAGUAAUUAUAUAGCAGGAAAGUCACAAUUGCUCACUCGCAGUGAUGAAUGUUACAAUCAUUAUCUGCAACAAAUGACACGUUAUAAUACAUGGUCAAAAAAGGGCUAUGAAUUUGAAAUGCUCGAGAUUAUCCUGGAAUGUGUCACUUUAAUAGAACGUGUUAGGAGAUCUCAUCAAUUUACAGGUCUUAUAAAUGCAAUUAUAAAACUACUGUGUAAUGUGCAACAGAAAGUGGGUUAUUGUGAUAAAGGAUUAGAAUAUAUUUAUCUUAUAUUCAAAGAACUUGUAUUUUCAAGGCCAUUGUCACUUUGUUACGUUUCAUUAGCAAAUUUUAUAAUGGUCUUUAGUAAAUGUAAUGUAUUUGUAUCAAAACUUUGCACAAAUUCGCAGUUAAUAACGAUAAAAAGAUGGAAAGGAGUUUUACACUUUACACCAGAUGCUUGUGUCUUACAAAUUUAUAUGGCACAAGUGGAGCAUUUUUACCCAGACUUUUUCACUGCAGUAAACAUGACGUAUGCAUUAAUAUCAUCUGUAUGGCAUCUUCUACAGAAGAAUAAUUUAUUAAGAAGUGAAAGUUCAGAAUCUUGCAACUGUUAUACGAAACUAUUACGAUUUAUAAUUAAUAUGUUAAAGAAAUGUUCUGAAAACAAAUUAGAUAUAAUCGAUAAUAUUGAAUGGCAAGAUUCAUAUUAUGCUUCCAAAAAAUUUAUAUUCAAGAGAAUUAAUUACAAAGAUCAUGCAUGUCAGAUGAAAUGUAACAAACAGAAUAUGGAGAAGCAUCUGACUGAAAUAUAUUCAGAAAAGUUGGAUCGUAAUUUUUGGUUUGAUAUUAAAAAGAUUCAUUACAAAGUAUUGAGACAAGGCAUCAGAUUUUUAUGCCACCUCGCAAUUUGUGAUCCUGAUUUUGUUAUUCGGUCAUCCGAUAUUGAAGACUCAUUUCAUUUAUUUAUACGAAACAUCGCUUUUUUUGAUGAUUUAAUACUUCAUGAAAAUGAGCGUAAAUAUCAUAAUGCAUGUAUAUCGUAUGUAUUAUUCGUUUUUCAUGUAGAUAACAUUUAUAUUACUGUUUUAGGAGAAGCAUUAGAUCGUAUAAAAACUACAUUCAUCGUUGAUAAAGAUGUACAAUGUGAAACUGAGACACGUUAUAAAAACACACAUGUUAAUCAAUUGCAUAUGACAAACUUUGAAAAGAAAGUAACUCCCACAACUGAAAGAAGUCGCCAUACUGGACCUAUCGAAAAUUAUAAUAAAGUAUACAUGGCCAUCAAAGCGUUGUAUAAUUCUAAAUCAACACAGAGAUAAUUAAAUAUAUUAACUUCUCAAAACUGUAUUUUUAAUGUUUAUAUAAAUAUAUUUGUUUUGUGAGA